CUCAUUAUUUGUGUGGCUAAGUACAACGCUAACGACUGAGUGGGCUACAGAUGUAGCCUACGUUUUAAAAUUUGUAUCUCAAUUCGUUAUAUAGUCAACAUUUUUAUUCACCUAUCAGAUUUCUAGCAUCCAUACCAUAAUUCCAUUUUUCUACAAAUAUUAAUUAGCUAAAAAUUAAACGGGCUGAACAUUGCCCGUCAACAAAUUUCCAUCUUUUGUAUCGGACUGUCCACCGUUUUGGGUUCAAUUAUCUUUCUGAAGUCAGUGAAAGAAAAUCGGAACGUGUUAAGGGAACCCUGGUGUGCAGAGUUCAGCCAAAAUGGCAGUUGCAUUUCCGGACGAUUUGGCGCACAGCUUUCAAGCCGACUGUGAGCUCAAGAAACUCGACUCCCAGCAAAUUCUGGUUAUCUUGACAAGAACAACGAGAGAAGUGUUAAACAGUAUUGCUGAAAAUAAACACAUCUCAUAUAAAAAUGAAGAGAUUGAACUUGACAUCAAAAUCCCAAUUGACGAUGUUUUUAUUGGAGAUCAAGAAAAGUUAGAUGAGGAGAAAAAAACGGCUUUUGAGAGUGAUGAUAAGCAUGAUAUUGAACAAGCCACAUUUGAGCAAGAAAUGGAAACUUUCCAGGAACCCAAACCUGAAGAAAUAGAAACUCAGAAGUUCCAGCAGGAAGAGGAAGUAGAUGGAAAACAGAUGAUAACUGAGAGUGAAGAAUUGAGCCAUCAGGACAUCUGUAUUGAGAUUCCAAUUGAGAACUAUGUUGGCCACUUCCUUCAGGAUAAGAAAAAGUUGCUCCGUAAAAUCAUUUAUGGGAAGUUUAAUUGUAUUGCAACGCUCUGUAAAAAUGAAAAUAAAGUAUCAGUUCAUAUGGCAGAAUCUUCUGCUGAAGAUGUACCGACCGUUGAAGAGACAUACUCUCCAAUAAGCUCUUUUCCUACUGGAGUCAGAUACCUGAAGACUCUACCAGGAGGGCUUCGUAUUUAUGUAUGCUUAGAUGAUCUGACAAAACAUGAGGUAGAUGUUGUAGUGAACAGUGCCAAUGAAUAUUUAAAACAUGAGCAUGGACUUGCUCGUGCUUUGGCAAGAUCAGCCGGACAAACGUUUGAAAUUGAGUGUGACAAUAUUGUACAACAACAUGGGGCAGUGCCAGUUGGUUCUGCAGUCCGCACUGGGGCUGGAAAGCUCCCAUGUAAAAAAGUCAUCCAUGCAGUGACACCUAUCUGGAGUAAAUAUCCAAGUUCAGAAAAUGAUCGAUUACUUUCUUAUGCUGUCAGAAAUAGCCUUGUGUUGGCAAAUGAAUUACAAAUGACUUCAAUUGCCAUACCUGCACUGGGUUCUGGAAAUGGUUUCCCAUUACACAGGUGUGUGGAAUUGAUAGUAAGUACGGUUAAAGCUUUUCACGGAAUAUGGAAUCCCAAAAAUUCUUUAAAAGAGAUCCAUUUAGUAAACUUCAGUGAACCAACAACUACAGCAGUGGAAAAUGCGUGUAAGAAUAUUCUUGGUGAAACAGAGCAAAAACGUUUGCUAUGUAUGGAUUUUGUGCCAAAUAGGAUACGUGAUGUAUUUGAGUUUCAGAAUCUUCACAUAGAAAUCAAGAAAGAAAGAAUUGAAGAACAAAAUACUGACGUGAUUGUGAGUGCAAUAUCUAGGGAUCUAAAUUUGAAUUUGGGUAAGAUUUCUAAAGCAAUUUCAGAAUUAGCUGGUCCAGAACUUCAAAAAGAACUUCAUAGAAUUAAAAAGACAGAACUACUAGCUUUUGGAGAUAUAUUAAAAACAUCAGGAUAUCGUUUGAGCUGUGAAUAUGUAUACCACGUAGCAUAUGCUCCUGGUUCAUACUUUGAUUCGGAAAAGCUGUUAAAGAAGGUUAUUACAAAUUGUAUUGAGCUUACAAAAGAAGAUAAGACUCGUUCAAUUUCAAUUCCUGUGACCAGUGAUGUAACACAAACACUCAGUUCAAAGAAGAUGGCAAAAAUUCUUCUUGAAGAAAUACUCAAUCAUGUGGAAGGCAGUGAUGACUUCAAAAUUAACACUAUUUACAUUGUGCUUCAUCCAGCAGAAACAGAUGUUUAUGAGGCAUUUUUGCAGGAAUUGAAUAGACUAAAACAUUUAUCUCGACAAAGCCAUAGGCUCGCAUCAAUAAUUGAUUCAAUACCUUUCAAACUUGAGGAGGAGGAAGGAACUGAAAUGCUCAUCAAAGUUUGUGGUAGAGAUUAUCCCUUUCUGGAAUGUGCCCAGUUUUGGAUCACUAAUUUCCUUCUGACACCUGAAGAACACCUCACCAUAGAAAAUAAAAGCAUCAAUUACUUUACAGUAGCUGAAAAUGAAACUUUAUUGGACCUUAAAGAAAAGAACCAGAUAAACAUGAAAGAAACAGUGAAUGAAAUGGGGUCAUUCAUUGAGCUAAAUGGACCUCACUUCCACAUUUUAGAAGUGGCACUUCAUGUUGAAAAGAUAUUUUGUGAUUUACAGGAAGAAAUAGCACAUGUGAUAGAAAGUGAACUUGUGCAAUUCCAUGUGCAGUGGAUCUAUAUAAGCAAGGAUCAGAAAAAUAAAUAUGAACCUAAUGAAAACUUCAUUCUAGAAAUGGCCUUCCUGGACAAAAAAAUUUUUGAGAGUAUUGAAGUGAGUGGUACGGAGCAGACGGUGUAUUUUCAACAAUUUAUGGCAUUGAACGAUCAAAGGGAACAAUUUAAAAUUGAAAGAGUCAUUCAAGGGAAAGACGAUUACUUGAAGAAACUACCAAGUAACUGGGGUCCUCCUAAUGGUUCAGUGUUUCAAAAGGUGCCAAUGCAUAUUACCAGUCUGGAAUUUCAAAAGCUAACUAGUGAUCUUGCAGAUGUAGGCCUCACCGUUUUGAAGAUUGACAGAAUAGAGAAUCCUGUUUUGUGGAAUUGCCAUUUACUUAAGAAAGAGCAAGAUGCAGCUGCUUCAAGGAUUGAAAGCCAAGUCAGUGUCCUAUACAAGUGGAUUCCAGCUGAAUUUUGCAGAUUUGUCUGUAGAAUUGGAUUUCAUGAAAUAUAUUCACCAGAAAAUAAGAGAAAGUAUGGUGAUGGGAUCUACUUCAGCAGUGAUGUGAAACAGCUCAUGAAAGAAGUCACUAAAGUUGGGAAAAUAAUUCACAUCUUUGAGGCUGAAGUUUUUAUUGGCAACUGUUGCAAAACUUGCCCAUCAUAUAUUUCAUCAGCACACAGAGAUUUUGAUUGUUAUGAAUUCAGUGAGAACAGCAAGGACAAUGCAAGUCCAUCCAAAACUUAUGUUAUUUUUAACAGUGUUCAAGCUUAUCCAAAAUACCUUAUUGCAUGCAGAAGGUGGAUGAGCCUAUGA